AUGCCACCAAAAAAAGGAGCUGCUGCUAAAGCAACAACUGAAGUCGAUACUGAUCAAAAACAACUUCAAAAAAAACAAGAUGAAGAAAAUCAACAACCGACAGAAACCGAACAGUCAAGUCCAAAGAAAGCAACCAGUGAAUCAAAAAAAACUACAAAUACUAAAGGUGCUCAAUCACGAAAGAAAGUCGAAGCUGAAAAACUUCAACAUGAAGCAUCUGGUGUUACUGAACGUACAAAUACAAAAUCUGAAACAGGUGAAGAUACAAAUGAAGAAGAUAAUGAUGAUAAAAAAAAUAAUAGUUCAUCAACAACACAAAAAAAUGCAACAUCAACUGAAGUAAAAUCAACAACUAAAACUACUGCAGGUCGUGGUGGUAAACGACAACCAGCAAAAACUAUGCCUAAAACUGAUGAACAAAUUGAAGAAGAUCAAGAAAAUGAAAAAACAACAAUUUCUACUAAAGCACCUGCAAAAGGUAAAGCUGGUGCUGCACAAAAAAAUAAAAAACCUGAAGAAGAUGAACAAAAAGAUGCUGGUACAGGUGAAGAGGAUGAAGCUGGAAAUGAAGUUGAUUCACCAAGUAAAAAAACCAAAGGUAAACCUACUCGUAGACAAGCUCAAAAAAAUAAAACUACUACGCAAGAAGUUGAAAAUGAAUAUGAACAAAACGAUGAACCUGAUACAAAAAAGAAAACAACUGGUAAAAGAGGAAAAGCUCCAGGAUCAUCAAAAAAACAAACAACAUCUGUUGAAAAAUCUGAAAAUGAAGAAACACCUGUAAAUGAUGAUCUUAAAUUAUCGGAAGAUGAAGAAACAGCAGAUGAUAAAUCUAAAGCUGCAACAACAAAAAAAGGACCAACAAAACGAUCAGCACCAGCAUCAGGCAAAAAAACUAAUGCUAAAAAGAAAGGACAAAGUGAUGAACCAUUUGAAGAUCAUACAAAUGAUGAAAAAAAUGAAGAAGUUGAAAAUAAUACUGAAGAUGAAGCUUCAACAGCUAAACAACAGAAAAAAGGUCGUGCAGCUGAUAAAGCUCCAGUAUCAACAAGCAAGGCAAAUAAUCGUGGUGGCAAGAGAACCAAAGCUACCUAA